CGAAUCCCUGAGUACCAGAGUAGGUGACGUACACCUAGAGUUUCAUCAUGGCAGCCGAAGGCGUGGAUGCGACAAUCCUGCAACUUUUGCAGGACAGAGACGGCAUUGACACCAAGGAUAUCGCCGCACAACUCGGGAAAGACCACCAACUGAUCGUAGGAGCUGUCAAAAGUCUACAGUCGCUUGGAGAUGUGAUCACAGCAGAACAGCGAGUGUCUAAAUGGUGGGAGUUGACAGGAGAAGGCCGGCAGGUUGCAGAGAACGGCAGCCACGAAGCCCUGCUGUACCGCGCUAUUCCACCAGAGGGCAUCCUGCAAAAACAACUCAUGGAGAGCGUUCCCAAUGCCAAGGUCGGCUUCAGUAAUGCCAUGAAGAAGAAAUGGAUCCAGAUGGACAAGAAGGGAGCCAACGGACCAGUGGUCAAGCAAGCGGUGAGCUCUAUUGAGGACGAUGUGCAAAGAACUGUGCAAGACAUCCAGGCCAACCAAGGUGAAGGUGUCGACAACAAGGUCAAGCAGGAGAUGAAGAAACGCAAACUCAUCCAAGAAGUAACUAUGAACAGUUUUGUUCUGAGGAAGGGAAGUGGGUUUAGUACCUCUGUUACCAAACUGGACACAGACCUCACACCGGAGAUGAUCAACAGCGGUCAGUGGAAGGAGAAGAAGUUUAAGCCGUACAACUUCGAUGCGCUCGGCGUUCCCCCGGCCAGCGGACACCUCCACCCUCUACUGAAGGUUCGCGCUCAGUUCAGACAGAUCUUCCUGGAGAUGGG